AAAGAAAAAAAAAUUGACCGCCAGAGGCCCUUUUGGUAGGCAUAGUGCAGUAGCCGCUGGAAAUUUUCUGAUCUCUUUCCAGCUUCUUCACCACAAAGGGCCUUUCAUAUUGACAAACUCUGCGUCCCCGACCCAGAAUCGCCCAUCAUGAAAACCACUUGGAAGGACAUCGCUCCCGUCCCUACUCAGCAGGAGUUUUUGGACAUUGUUCUGAGCAGAACCCAGCGAAAACUGCCCACGCAGAUUCGUGCCGGCUUCAAGAUUGGCAGAAUUCGAGGUUUCUACACCAGAAAGGUCAAGUUCACUCAAGAGACUUUCUCGGAAAAGUUCGCCGCCAUCCUCGACAGCUUCCCCAGACUUCAGGAUAUUCAUCCGUUCCACAAGGAUCUUCUCAACACCCUCUACGACUCCGACCAUUUCCGCAUUGCGCUCGGCCAGAUCUCGACCGCCAAACAUCUUGUUGAGACCAUCUCCAGAGAUUACGUCCGUCUUUUGAAGUAUGGCCAGUCUUUGUUCCAGUGCAAGCAGCUCAAGAGAGCCGCCCUCGGUCGCAUGGCCACACUAGUCAAGCGUCUCAAGGAUCCUUUGCUCUACCUUGACCAGGUUCGCCAGCAUCUUGGUCGUCUGCCUUCCAUCGAUCCCAACACCAGAACCCUGCUCAUUUGCGGUUACCCCAAUGUUGGCAAGUCCAGCUUCUUGCGCAGCGUCACCCGCGCGGAUGUCGACGUCCAGCCUUACGCUUUCACCACCAAGAGUUUGUUCGUCGGUCACUUCGACUACAAGUACCUCAGAUUCCAGGCCAUCGAUACCCCUGGUAUUCUUGACCACCCUCUUGAAGAGAUGAACACUAUUGAAAUGCAGAGUAUCACUGCUAUUGCUCACUUGCGCUCUGCCAUUCUCUACUUCAUGGAUCUGUCCGAGCAGUGUGGCUACACCGUCCAGGCCCAGAUGCAGCUCUUCCGAAGCAUCAAGCCUCUCUUCUCCAACAAGCUCGUCUUUAUCGUCAUUAACAAGAUUGACGUUACCCGUCCCGAGGAUCUCACUCCUGAGGUUCAGGAGGAGCUCCAGAACCUGCUCAAGUCUGACGGCGUCGAAAUGCUCCAGCUCUCCUGCAACACCCAGGAAGGCGUCCAAGAUGUCAAGAACGCCGCUUGCGAGCGUCUGAUUGCCGAAAGAGUAAGCCAGAAGCUCAAGGCUGGAUCAUCCAACAGCGGUGCUGUGGGUGGUCGCUUGGCUGAUGUUAUGGCCCGUAUUCACGUUGCUCAGCCCAUGGGUGGCAAGAGCCUCGAGACCUUCAUUCCCGAAGCUGCCAAGACCAAGAAGAAGUACGACAAGAACGACCCUGAGCGUAUCACCCUCGCUCGCGAUAUCGAGCUCGAGAAUGGCGGUGCUGGUGUUUACAACGUCGACAUGAACGCCGACUACCUUCUCAAGAACCCCGAGUGGAAGUACGACAAGAUUCCCGAGCUGUUUGAUGGCCAGAACGUCUACGACUUCAUCGACCCCGAUAUCGAGGCCAAGCUUGCCGCUCUUGAGGAGGAAGAGGAGAAGCUUGAACAGGAGGGCUACUACGACUCUGACGAGGAGAUUGAGGAUGAUGAAGAGGCCGAGGUCAUGCGCAAGGCUGAGCUGAUCCGCGAGAAGCAGCAGCUCAUCCGCAACGAGGCCAGAAUGAAGAAGCGCCUCAAGAACCAGGCCAUCAUCCCUCGCAAGAUGAUGAAGAAGCCUCUCUCGGAAUUCGAGGAUGCCCUCGACUCCCUUGGUGUCGACACUACCGAGAUUGCCGAGAGAGCCCGCGCCCAAUCCCGUGGCCGUGGCCGUUCGCUCACCAGAAGCCGCGCUGGCACUGCUGACGCAGACUCCAUGGAUGUUGAUGAGCCCAAGUCGGCGCGCGAGCGUCUCCGAUCCAAGAGCAGACCUGCUUCCAGAAACCCUGUUGUCAGCCGCAAGGACGAUGGUGUCAAGGAUGAGGGCGCUCGUACCAAGGCUGAGCGUAUUGCUAAGCUCAACCAGAGAAAGAUGAACCGCAUGGCCAGACAGGGUGAAGGUGAUCGUCACACCACCACCAAGCUUCCCAAGCAUUUGUUCUCCGGCAAGCGUGGUAUCGGCAAGACGCAGCGCAUCUAAAACACUUACCAUACUGCAUUGGCUGGCAGAGUUUUUUUUCACGCGUCCAAAGUUUCACUACCUUUGCCCUUGCUAAACUCUUCCAGCAAAUUUGGGUCUUGUUUCAUUUAUGGAUGGGUCUGUGGCGUGAUUUUUCUUGCUUCUUACUUUCUCAGGCGUUGUUGGCGUCACAGUAUAUUCGUUCAUAGGGUGACUGGUGCACCAUGCACCAUUGCCCUACCUUUGAUUCACCAACUACCAUGGGCACCAACAACGGGAUGAUGUUUCGAGAAUUGGUUCCCAGAGGGGUUGAAAAAGCGUAUCGCCGCUGCUUGGCGAAGAUAUUAGAAUGCAUAUAG